CCCUCAACUUCUGCGGGCCCCGCGAGGACUCGGGUUCGACUCCGAGGCGACUGUCGUGCGGCGCGCUUGUCCCACUUCUCCCGGCGUCAGAAAGUCGAUCCGAACCGGAGGAGCCACCGGCCGUUCCCGGAGGAGCAACAGGAGGAAGCGGAGCCGCGACCCAAACUUUCCGGGAGACUUUCUGAGAAGAACAAAAGUACAAAGAAAAGUAACAAACAUGGCAGACAGUGACGAGCACCUGGUGUCCUCCAGCACUCCGAUGUUCAACAGCGAGGUGCACCACUACCAGGCCGACCCGGAGCCCGAGCCCGAGCCCGAACCGGAGGCAGAGCCGGUGCCCGAACCGGCGCCCGAGCCCGAGCCCAAGCAGGACCUCUUCAGAGAGGACGACAUCGUGGACCUGAUCGGCGGGGCUCAGGACGCCCUGAAGCGGCACAUAGCCGAGGACAGCGCGCCGCAGGAGGAGCCGGUCCGGAUACCGGAGCCCGCACCGGAACCAGAACCCGAACCAGAACCAGAACCAGAACCCGAGCCUUCGCUCCCGGACACCACCACCCCCAGCAGCUUCUCUUUCGUCCCGGAGGAACCCGCGGUGGUCGCACCCAGAGCCGAACCGGAGAGUACAAAGAUCGUCCCGCCGGCCCCCGAGAGCGACGCCCUCCCCGCGGCUGAACCCCGGAGAGCAGAGCCAGCCCCCGCAGAGCCAGCAGAGCAGCAGCGCGUGGCGACGGAGGCAGCACCGGCUCCAGCAUCCUGUCCUCUCGGUGGCUGGAGAAUUAAAAUGGACCCCAAAGAUGUUACUUCUGCUUCUACAGCUCAAACUCAACCUCUGAUGCAAUUCCCUACAGCACUUGGGCAGAAGGGUGAUUCCCCUGCUCCCAUCUCUCCCCUCUCCCCUCUUCACUCCCCCGACUCUCUGGAGGAGCUCUCUCUGACCGAGAGUCCCAACCAGCCCCCCACCUCGGGAUCCGCCGCACCCCUGGGCUCCUUCUCCACUGACCCCCCCACUAUUCUGUCCAAGGACAUGCCUUGGGCGGGUGAAGAGGGUGACCCUGGACCAGGCCGUAGUAAGAAUAAGGAAGACCUCCUAGAUCCGUUAGCCGGUCCUUACCUGAGCUUAGGCAAAGACCCCGGUUCUCAUAACCCUUGUGAAGACAGCGGCAUUUCCUUCUCACCCGAGGAGAAGCUGAUUAGCUCAGACAGGUCCUCCACUGGCCCCUCCCCUCUGAACCCCCAGAUGAAGGUCCCAGAGUCUCACCUUGCCUCCUCUAACCCAACAGAGCACUGGGACUCCACUUUGCUAGCAUCUCAAGACAACUCCAAGGUCUCCAUGGAUUCCUUCGCCAAGGACACGGCAGCCCUCGGCUCCUCCAGGUACCAGCCGGACCUGCACGGAGACCAGUCUGAUGAAGACGAUGAUCUGAUGUACGAGGUGAAGAAGAAUAACAACCCGUUCGAGGGCUUUUCCCCGCUGGCGGACAGCGGAUACUCUCACUUCGGAGAAUCCAAGUCCGACACCAGGGCUUCCAAAAUGUCAGAGAGUCCCACCCCGGAUCUGGUCCAGUACGGUCAGACAGGAGAGACCCAGGAUAGUCCGCCAUCCUUCUUAGAUGAGGAGAAAACCUUCGAGACCGGCAAGAUGGCCACCGAUUCGCUCAUGCAGUCAAUGAGCCAGUUCUCGUCUGGUCUGAAAGACGACGACGAGGAGGAUGAGGAAGAGGAGGACUCCGCUCUGCCGCCCUCGCUUCCAGACAUCCUGAAGUCUUCUCCUCUCAACCCAGAGAAAAUUGACUCUGGGUCUUCCGAGGGGAGUCCUGAGGAGCAGAGCCCCAUCCUGGAGCGGAGGAUGAUGGAAUCGCCCAACCCUCCCAUCAACCUGUCGGCUAACAACCCGUUUGCUUUCGACGCUAAAGUGUCCCUCCUGAAGGAGAUGACCGAGGAGAUGGAGGUGAAAGCUGCAGAUAAAGUCAAACCCGAAGAUGAUAAAAGCUUUGGCGCUUUUGAUCUCGUCAAAGAGGCCGAGGAAACGCCGAUGAUGAAGGCCAAGGAGGAGGAGCCGGUCAAGAUUGAGCAGAAGGAUUGGUUCUCCAGCCACGACUCUCCCAAGAAGACCGAAAAGUUUGAGCCUCUGGACUUCAAGAGCAAAAAGACCCCCGCCGAGGAUUCGGAUUCCGAGUCCCCGACCGCGGACUCGCUCUCUCCGGUCCUGGAGGCCAUGGCUAAGAACCCUGCCAGCUUCCAGGUGGAGCCAGAGAAGAAGGAGCAGAAGAUGGAGGUGGAGGAGCCGGAGGUGGCCGAAGAGGUGUCUGAGCACGAAGUGUCCUCUGAGGAAUUCGAGUUCAUCGAGCGGCCUCCCCGCGGAGUCAUCGACGAGUUCCUGGAAGCUCUCGAUACGUCCAAGUUCGCCUCGUCCAAGCCGCCGGAGAUCCCCCUGGACGACGACCUGAGUUUCGGACAGAAGGCCGCCGUUCCUGCGGCGAAGCCGGCGCCGCCCCCCGUGGUCAAAGAGGAGCCUCCGAGCCAGAGCUCCUGCCCCCUCUUUACCCAGGCCUCCCCCCAGAAGAGCAAGGCUGAGCUGGAGAAGCUGGACAUCCAGCAGCCCCCGCCCCAGCCCCCCCUCACCCACUCCCCCGUCCGCAAACCCGAGGAGGCCGUCGCCAAGAAGAGCGCCGGGGGCGGCAGGUUCUUUAAGAUGCCCACCCUGAACAUAAGAAAAGUGGUGGACCUGCUGUACUGGCGUGACGUGAAGACCACGGGCGUGGUGUUCGGCGCCGUGCUGCUGCUGCUGCUGUCGCUGACGGUGUGCAGCAUCGUCAGCGUCUGCUCCUACAUCGGCCUGGCCCUGCUCUCCGUCACCAUCAGCUUCAGGAUAUACAGAGGGAUCCUGCAGGCCAUCCAGAAGUCCGAUGAGGGACACCCCUUCAAGCAGUACCUGGACCAGGAGGUGGCGCUGUCCGAGGACAUGGUCCACAAGUACAGCGACCUGGCUCUGGAAAAAAUCAACAAGCUCAUUGGCGACCUGAGGCGUGUGUUCCUGGUGGAGGACCUGGUGGACUCCAUCAAGUUUGCCGUCCUCAUGUGGAUCCUGACCUACGUGGGCGCCCUCUUCAACGGCCUCACCGUCCUCAUUCUGGGUGUGAUCGGAGUGUUCAGCUGCCCCAUCAUCUACGAGAAACACCAGGCUCAGAUCGAUCAUUAUGUUUCUCUGGUCAACAAUCAGAUCAAGGACGUUGUUGGAAAGAUCCAGGCGAAGGUUCCCGGGAUGAAGCGUAAAACCGAGUGAAGGAAACAGGAAGUGACAGUUUGGAUUCAGGAAGUCCUGAGCUGGAUGUGAGGGUUGGGGCGGGGGCGGAGGGGAGGGUGGGGGAGCGGGGGGAGGAGGGGGGGGAGGCGUGGACGCGGCCCUUUUAACUGUAUCUGUCGAAUUAAUAAAACGUUUUUGUUUCCAGUUUCCGUAAUUUUUUUUUUUCUCUUUUUGUGUUCCUGUGGGAGAACGUUCCCGUCGUCCGCCUCUUCGUUUCAAUAAAGCUUUGAAAUGUUUGUUUCUAUGACGACGAUGGCACGUUUCCUCUCGGCCCCCCCCUCCCCCGCCCCUCCCGGCCCGUUUGAGUUUCCCGCCGGCGGACGGCGAUCCGCCUCUUUAAAUCCUCACCUCGUCUUUUUGACGCCCCGACUUCAUUUUUCUUUUUCUUUUUUUUUUGUUUUUUUGGUUGGGUUUCGUGGUUUUUCGCCUCGGCGUGACGAACAACCGAUUGGUGGACGGUGGGGGGAGGGGGAGGGGCCUAUUCUACCAUUAAAAAAGAAAUCUUCAUCAUCGCUUCUGAGUAACUAGCUAGAAACAUCUAGAAAACUUUGCCCGACGAAUUCAAAGAUCCAUCCGGUGGUUCGUUCGUUCAUGGUUCGUUCACCUCAUCGCAGCUGUUGAGUAGAUUUAAGAACAAACUAAAAAAAACUCUGGAAGCUACACGUUUACAUUCAUCUGAGAAAAAAAAAAAAACUCCAAAAAAAGGGAUUUAAGUACAAAGUGCGUAACCAUUCUGUCUGUGGAGCCGGUA